AUUCUCUUUUAAUCCACUACAAUUUCUAGGAAAUUUAACUACCGAACCUCCUCAGAAAAGGCCCUCGAUUGAUUGAGCCCAAAUUUUGCAGCUGGGCGAUGAAGGAGAAGCUAACCGUGAAGGCAGCGUUUGGCCCACGCACAACUGCGACGCAAAAUGACCGACAAACAGAAGACGAAAAUCAGCAUCCUUCUACCCUAAGCAAACGCUCGUAAACGACGUCGACGCGUAUUUUCCACAUCAAAAACUCUCUCCUUAUCAAAUAUCAAAUAUCUAUCAAUUUUUCAUACUUGAGUUGAGUCAGUGUUGUGUGUACAGACCAGAGCAGAGAAUUGAAGAAAUCUUUGGAUUUUGCGAGAAGAAAGAAAUUGUGGGUGUUUUGGGGUUUGGUCGUAAAUUUUUUAUCUUCUUCGACCAUGUUGGAUUCUUUCUUCAACAAGGGCUUUAAAGCUGCGAAAUGUAAAACCCUGCUGAAAUUGGCGAUUCCGCGGAUAAAGUUGCUGAGAAACAGGAGGGAGGUUCAGUUAAAGCAGAUGCGGAGAGACAUUGCCAAGCUUCUUGAGACCGGUCAAGAAGCUACUGCUCGUAUUCGGGUUGAGCAUAUAAUUAGAGAAGAGAAUAUGAUGGCGGCGCAGGAGAUUAUUGAGCUAUUCUGCGAGCUUAUUACCGUUCGCCUUCCCAUUAUCGAAACACAAAGGGAAUGUCCACUAGACUUGAAAGAAGCGAUCUCUAGUGUGUGUUUUGCUGCACCAAGGUGUGCCGAUUUGCCGGAAUUACUGCAGGUUCAAAUACUAUUUGCAUCUAAAUAUGGAAAGGAAUUUGUAGCAGCUGCGACUGAGCUCAUACCAGAUUGUGGUGUCAAUCGCCAGUUAAUCGAAUUGCUAUCAGUUCGUGCUCCUUCGCCUGAAAAGAAACUGAAGCUUCUGAAAGAAAUUGCUGAAGAGCAUGAAUUAGAUUGGGAUCCAGCUGCAUCUGAAUCUGAAUUUUUCAAAUCACACGAAGAUCUAUUGAAUGGCCCAACACAGUUCGUUAGUGGCUCUAAAUUGCCCCUUCCCAAAGAAAAAAACGAGGAGAUAUCCGAGACUUCCUCUAAUCAAGCCCACCAAGAACAGCAUGAUUCUGAUAACGACUUGGACGACCUAGAUUUUCCUGAAGUUCCUAAGGUAUCAGUGCGGCCAGGUGAACAUGCUGCAUCAGCACCAUCGAUUGUGCCACCUCCACCAAUUGUGCCACCACACCCUGAGAUUGAUCAUGAAUCAACAAAACAUUCCGUAGAUAUUGGAAACCCACCUGAAGAGCCAGAAUAUCAGCCCGAGAAAGUGGUUGAAGAAAGAUCGAUGGCUAAGAAAGAUGAAAAGCCUCACACUCCGGUUGGUGGUCUGGAAGAUAAACAGUUUGUGCCAUUCAUCGCUGCCCCAUCACUAUCUUCUUCAUCAUUCUCUGUGAGACAAAGUAGUAAUUCACCACCACCCCCUCUUUUGAGGACAAGAAGUGAGGCCAAAGUGGAUUUGCAGGAUGUAUUGGCUGCUGCUCAAGCUGCUGCUGACUCAGCUGAACGUGCAGCGGCGGCAGCUCGCUCGGCUGCUAGUCUUGCACAAGUCAGAAUUAAUGAGCUUUCCAAGAAAACUAAUGACCAAGUUCCUCCAAAUAGCAGUGAAAACCCCUUUCACACAGGCAGUCCUGGCCGGUCAGCUUCUCUAGAAAAACCUCAUUUUGAUCGCCGUAACUCUACGGGUGAUUCUGACAGUGUUUCAAGUUCCCCAAAACCUCAUCAUAUUGAUGAAAGUGUGCAUGGAUUAGAGGCAUCAAAUCUUUCUUCGGUGCACUCACUUAAAGCAGAUUUUGAUGCUGCACUUCCUGAAUCCGACCCUGCUCGCCACCAACCUCAAAGACUGCCCUCGAUGGAUGAUGAGCCGUACUUUUCAUAUCCGAACUUGUUCAGGUCACAAAGCUCUAAUCUCCGUUCCGGUGCUCAGUCUUUCAAAGAUAACUCUCAUUCCCCAGAUGAGCGCUGAAGUUUAAUCUCUUUCUUUUAAAUUACUAUUUUUUUUCCUGGUCUUAAUGGUUAAUAGACGUUAUAUGAUCAUAAAACUUGCGCUUAAUGAUGAUAUUUUCCAUUUUUCUGUAAAGUAAUGCAGUUUUCAAGCGAGUGUAGUUAGUCGCGUUCUUUCUCUGUGUUUGUUUCUGAAGGAUUGGUACUUACAUUAAGUUGGUGAGCCUUGGGAAGAUUCAAUGUAUAAAUGCUGUGUAUGAUGAUAUUGCUAGGAAUAAAAGCACUUUUCUGGAUUUUCUUCA